AGCUGACAGACUGGACUUAGCCCUUGUUAAAUGUAUCUUACCUGGAGACAAAGUGAAUCAUUUAUAGAAGAGCUGGAGGAGGUAACGUCCUACAGACAGAAUAGAGGAACGGCCAUUGUUUUAGGGAAAGAAUUUCAGUCACUCUCUGAAUCUCCCUCUCUCUCUCUCUCUAUCUCUCUCUGAGACAAAUCACUCAUUAAGACACAGGUAUGCAACACUGUUUAUGUAUUUAUUAAAAGAAAGAAGUGGGUUUUCAUAUAUCAAAUCCCUUCCGGGAAAUGGUGACAGCAAGUACAGGAGAUCAGUAAAGUCAUUGUUCUUUUUCUCUGUGUGGAAGGGGGGGGUGACUAUAGGAGGAUCCAGCGCACGCAGGGUUAAGUUCGCAAACCUGAGAUGGCGAGGAAAAACAACUGUUCCCUUCAUGGAGCUGAGAUCCCUCUGUCUUCAGAGUUCUUUCAAGAGAUCAAGCAGCAGCUGUGGCUAUUCCUGGUUCCUGUGGCUCUAAUUCUAAUCCUGCUUGCUGUGUUCCUCGAGGAGAUGGGUUUCUUUUUCAGGAACAUCCACUCCUCCAAGCGGCGCAUACUGUAUCUGUGGAUCCUGGGCAUCUACCCGGUAUUUGGUCUGAGUUCUCUCAUUGGCAUGUUUGUUCCGCGGUCCACCUCCCUUUGCAACUUCAUCGCCUCUCUUUACCACUCCAUCACACUGUGGAAGUUCCUGGGGCUCGUCACAGAUUUCUUAGGCGGCAAAGCGCGGAUGCUGCAGAAGUUAAAAGGGGAGCAGGUUUCUCCGAACCCCUUUCCCUGCUGCUGCUGUUGCUGCCUGCCCCUCAUCAGCAUAAACCGGACCAGUGUUCGGUGGAUGACGGCCGCUGUUUUUCAGCUCUCCGUGGUCCGAACGAUCCUGUUCUUUGUCAACCUGGUUCUGUGGACGGAUGAGCAGUACGACUAUGGAGACGUUAGCUACAAGAACCCUAACAUCUACGUGAAUGCUCUAAUCGGGGUAUCGACCUUCCUCUCCUUCUACGGGUACCUGCUGUUUUACAAGGCUACCCGCCGUGCGCUCAGUGGCUUCGGUCUGCGAGGGAAGUUUAUCUGCAUCGUCAUGAUCUUGUUCUUGUGCGGGCUGCAAAGCGGAAUACUGGAGACGAUGGGGGCUUUUCAAGUGAUUCCCUGUACGCCUCCAUUCUCCAGACUCAUGCGUUCACAAAUGAUCUAUCACUACUCAGUAACCGUGGAGAUGUUUUGCAUCGGCCUCUUCGCUCGACAGUGCUUUCGUAAGGUCGAGCCCCACCAAGAAAGAGGGGAGCAGCCAAUGGGUCUGCAGAAGGACGAGGGCGUCCAAACAGAGGAGGAGGCGGAGCCAAGGGCGAGGGGCCUGGAGAUCUCAGAGGAGCCCUGGGCAGGGACCUCUAACCCUGGUUACCACAGCGACAGCGAGGACAGCCUCUGUCGCAUUGAGCACGCUCCCCUGGACAAAUUCGACUUCCCCCCCUACCCCCAACUGGGUUCAAGGGCUCCCAGGAGCCCCCGUGAAGUGGCACAAGAGGGUAGGAGCCCCAGAAAUUCGACAGGGUCCCCUGGAGUGGAGUUGGAGACGGUUUUAGUUAAAGCACAGAUUAACUAUAGCAGCACAAAUGAAGUGACUGUGGUCUAGAUGGCUACUUUUCAUCCCCUGCUUGCUAGCACAGCAUUGAACAGACCUGGAUAGAAUACAAUGGGUCACUACUAACAAGACUUUGGUUCGUAAUAGUAAUAUCACCAUUAGAAGUCUGCCAGUUAAGUUAGUUGCUGUAUUGAAUGGUUUGAAUAUAAUGAUCAUCCGACAACAAUGUGGCCGCUAGCUAGAAAUGAAGCAGCAAUUAGUGACCUAAUCUCUGAGACGGCAGCGGACACAGCGCUGUCUUGUAUAUCUUACCUAAACGUGUGUGUGAGUGUGUGUGUGUGUGUGUGUGUGUGUGUGUGUGUGUGUGUGUGUGUGGAGCUUAGCCUUGUUUUUUGCUGGCUGAGUUUCUCUUUGUCCCAGCAGUGUUCUCUAUAGAUCUGUAAAGCUGUUUAUUAAAUUGUGAUGACACCUGCUGUUAACGUUAUUUACCAUAAGUUAUUGGUAUCAGAGACUGGUAUGCAAAGCUAUUAAUACCCUAUUCGCAAGAUCAUCACAAUUUGAAAACGGUAUUGUGAAAGGGCAACCAAGUAGUGUGGAUAGCUUGUACAAUAAUAUGGGUAACGUUACGUACCAGAUUUUAAUAGGGCGGGAAAAACUACCAAGUCUCCAAAUACAUGCUCAACAUGCCUAUGAAAUAUCAGCUCCCAUGGCAGCCUGAUAAUAGACGGCGUGUCUGUUGACUUCAGAAAAGGGUUUAAGUGCAAAUUAAUGAAAUGCCUAUUUAUGUCUCUCAAAAUGUUACCCGAAUGCUGUAUACUGAAAUAAAGACGAUUUUGUGUUUUAGA